AGAGCUUUUAUCCACCGUCUAGCCCAGUCACUUGGGCUAAUAUCGAAGAGUAAAGGGAAAGGUGCUAAUAGGUACUUAACAAUAAGAAAGAAGGAUGGGAGUGACACCAUAGGUGCUCUCAUGACAUGCUGUCUGACUCACAACACAAAGCAAACCAUGAGGGGCCUUAUCCAGCGUUUUUCCAUCACUAACAAAGAGAAGACAGAACUGCUUCCAAAAACAGAGCGGAGCAAUGUUUUUGCAAUAGAAGCUGAAAAACACGAAAUGAGCAGGUCAAGUGGCCGUCUGAGCAAUGGAAUUCCCCAAGUCCCAGUAAAGAGAGGAGAUUCUGAGUUUGAUAGCUUUCGCCAGUCCUUACCAGUUUAUGAAAAACGAGAAGAAAUUAUCAAAAUUAUUAAAGAAAAUAACGUUGUUUUGGUUGUGGGAGAAACU